CGCCCCGCCCUCUGCCGCCUCGCCCCGCCCUCUUUCACCCCGUGCCUCCGUACCGCCACGGGCUGGACGCUGCUGCUGCUGCCAACUUUGCUCGCUCCACCCGUGCUGGAAUUUCGUCGCUGUCGCUUGCAGAGAGAGGAAACUUCUCGCCCAGCAGAGGCUCCGCGGCAGUCGUGAUCGCUCGCACCGGCCACGCGGAGUUAUACCGGUCACUUGUGCCGCCGUUUGUUAACCUACUGCUGGAUGAAGCCCUCCCCCCACGCCGUGUCGAUCCUGGAGGCACGACCAUACUUCACCACGCUGCGAGCAAUGGGUACUACGGAUGAGAACAACUCGCAAGAUGCCCGCUCCGUGGAAGCACUCACAGCUAAGUUCCUCGAGCUCUACCAGAGCGCCGUCGACGGCGGCUUAACUCCGCGCGAGGCAAGGGCCGCGUUAAUGCGGUGCCUGAGCAAGCCUAGGCGCCGACCGUGCAAAAAGCAUGCGUGCAAAGAGCACCAAAGAGACGCAUCCGGCCACCGAGCCGGAAGAUGGACGUGGGCCACCCGCCUCUACUGUGCCCUUACCCCGGCGAGACUGUGCGCCGUGGCCGCCCUGGCUGCCUCGAUCGUGUUGGCCGUGGCUAAGGGCGACUCGCUGUUCUCCGAGCCCUGCCUCAUGGACAUGGGGCUGGUGGCGACCGAGAUCAGCCGCCCGCCCUCUCACUGCCCCAGCCUGUGUGCGGACAUGGAGCAGGUGCCCGUGCUGGCCUGCGACCAGCUGUCGCCGCAGGAGUUUUUGAGGACGUUCGCCUACACAGGCCGGCCGCUGCUUGUGCGCGGGGCCACAAGCGGCUGGAAAGCACUCGCUGACUUCAAUUUCACGUUCUUCCAGUUGAUGUACUCGGGCCACAGCGAAGCGCUGCGGAAGACUGUGCAGGAGUGUCAGUUUUUCUCGUAUUCGUCGGGUUUCACCUCUUUGGCCGACGUGUUCAACAUGACAGAGGAGAGAGCGACCCUGCAGGAUGGGGGCCCCAGUUGGUACGUGGGAUGGAGCAGCUGCAGCGAUGAGCUGACUCCCAUCCUGCGAAGCUACUACCAGCGGCCAGCCUUCCUCCCUGCAAACUCGGAGAGCAGCACGCUUGACUGGGUGUUCAUGGGUUGGGCCGGCCAGGGAAGCCACAUUCACCUGGACAAAGUGCAGCGUCCGUCUUGGCAGGCUCAGAUCUCGGGAAUGAAAACAUGGGACCUGUUGCCACCUCCGGAAUGUGAAGAUGUUUGCCAUCCCCUGCAAGCAACACUUCAGAAGGGAGACAUACUGAUUGUGGACACCAACCAAUGGUACCAUUCCACCUACAUUCACCAUGGAGAGCUCUGCAUAUCCAUCGGCUCUGAGUACGACUGAUUACCAUUCAUUUCCAUGACCUCCCUGUUUGCAGAAUAUUGCAAAUGCUGCGUGUGUUUGUAAGUGGGAAAUUAUGAAGCAUUGGAUGUCACAUUCCAUCACAAUCUCCAGUCACCCAGGUUAAUUUCCUGUCCAUGUACACUGGUGGUAAAUAAUUCUGAACUUAGCCAGGAUCUGUCUGAAAAUACAGUAAAACCUUGGAUUGCGAGCAUAAUUCGUUCCGGAAACUUGUUUGUAAUACCAGGCACUCGCAUAUCAAUGCACUCGUAUAUCAAAGCACUCGUUUAUCAGUUGUGAUCACGUGACGCUCGGCAGACAAAGCGUAUACGGAAUUAAAGCUUUCGUGACUGCAUAAAUUACUCAUU